AUGAGCGACGACCUACAUCCCGAUCUCGACGAAUUUUACGAUACAGUCGCAGGAGAUGAAGAUCAAUGGGUAGAUGAAGAUGAUGGAGGCAACUACCAAGUCUAUAUCGAUCCAGAUGAUUUCUUCGGUGAUGAAGAUGAUGAGGAAGAUGAUGAUGACGGGGAUUACAUAUUCGAAGAUGAUAUAGGAGAGAUAGACGAUGAAGACGAAGACGAAGAAGGAGAAUCCGAUGAAGAUAUGGGAAAUGCAAGAUUGAUAAUCGAUAAUGAAGAUGAUGGGAGUGCAGCUGCGCUGGCGGAAAUGCAAACUCUCUUACAGCGUCGUAGAGCUCAAGAGCUAGUUGAUGAAUUGCAAAUAGAAGAUCCAGAAGGUAAUUUGGAUAUAUCGACGUUGUUACAGAAUCUAAUUAGAAGAGGUAUGGUUACGACUGGUAGGCCUAGUGGGAAUAUCACAAGUGGUUUACGGGGACAACAAGAUGAAAGGAGGAGAAGAGAAAGAGAAAGGAAUGAUCCGAAAUGGAAAGCACCUAAAGAACCUCAAGCUGCUGGAUUAGAAUUACUGAGAUCUGGUGAAUUCGGGAGAGUAGGUCAAUGGAGGAUACCAAGCAAGAAAAGACCGAGAGUUACCAGUGGUUGGAUGAAUGGUUGGACAGGGCCAAAGAAAAAUUCACCUCACUCUCACGCAAUUGUACCGAAUACACCUGGAACGAUAGUUGCGUCUUAUCCUGCUGUUCCUUAUGUAGGUCAAUUCGCAAGAGAGGAUUAUUCAUUGUUCUAUACUGCCACCCAAUACUUUACCCUCCAUCUGUACUCAAUGAGCGAAUCGCGCAAGAACCGAAUUGGCUAUACCUCCAAUUCAAGAAAGAGAUCAAGAACAUCAAGAUCUCCUACUGUACCUACUCUUGCGAUUGGGACCCCGGCUGCUGCUGCUGCAGUAGAAGAAGAGGAAGAUGAGGAUGAAGACGAUGACGAUUAUGAGACUGAAGAAUCGGAUGAUCACGGUUAUUCAUGGGGUAGAGGGGGUCAGAUAGUAUCUGAAGAUACCAGUUUGAAGAAGAUCAAGAAGGUUCAGGGUGUUGAAGGGUCUUGGACUGUCACGGAUUGUGAUGCUGAUAAGAAAGGUGAAAAGAUGAUCUAUUCCUCGAUCACACCUUAUGUACAUAUGCUCUACACGGCUGAAUCGGAUCAAGAGCAUAUCGAAUUGGAUUUCUCGAGUACAAGGAGGAAUGAUAGGUUUGGAUACGACAGGUUCGGUAUCUGGAGUAUAAGGUUUUCAGCGGACGGUAAAGAAGUGGUAGCUGGAGCUAGCGGAGGUCAAAUUAUGGUCUAUGAUAUUGAUGCUCAGAGGAGGACUUUGGCUGUUAGUGGACAUCAGGAUGAUGUCAACGCCGUAUCUUUCGCCGACGAGUCAUCGACCAAUAUUCUGGUGUCAGGUUCCGACGACGGAUACGUGAAGAUAUGGGAUCGACGAUCUUUAUCUUCCUCCACACCAUCUGGUAUACUCGUAGGUGCCACCGAGGGAAUAACGUAUACUUCACCCAAAGGUGAUGGAAGGUAUAUCAUUGCAAAUUCAAAAGAUCAAGCUGCCAGAUUGUACGAUUUGAGGAAAAUGAGAUCGCCUAAUGAGUUUGAGGGAGAGAAAGAUGCGGUGAUUAAUUACGGUCAACAGAGAUUUGAUUAUCGAUCAAUGCAAUAUCCUCGACCUAAUCGAUUGGCGCAUCCCAAAGACUGCUCCAUAAUGACUUUCAGAGGACAUAGUGUGUUACGAACUCUGAUAAGAUGUCAUUUCAGUCCAAGAGAAUCAACGGGACAGAGCUAUAUCUAUUCUGGAAGUGCUGAUGGAUUGAUACAUAUCUGGUCAUUGGAUGGACGAGUACUGAACCGAGGCGAAGCGCUCCCCUUAAAACAACAAGGCGAAUACAAUGACCCCUCCGCCUCCGACCCACCUCUCCCCUCAUCAGCUCGAAGGAAUCUCGAUCAACCGUACUCAUCUUAUGGAAUGGGAUUCACCGUUCGGGAUGUCGCAUGGCACGGGUACGAACCCACAUUGAUGUCUACCUGCUGGGAGACGAAUGGACAUUAUAGAGCGGGUGGAAACGUGGCGAAACAUGAGUGGAAAGGGUUGGGAAAGAAUGGAUUGAGGAGGUUGGAAGAUUGGGUGGAGAAGAAACGGUCAGAAGUGGAAGAGACGAAGAGGAUGCCUGGUGGGUUUGGGGUUGUAAGUGAUAUGGACAUGUAA